UUAAACACAUUGAAGAAGCUGGCAGCAGAGCCCGACUACACAGACGUGUCGCUGACGGCGGCGGAACGCGUCCGAGCGCUGGGGAAGAUGGGAUGCUGCGUGGAGAUCAACGAGGACAUCGCGCCCAGACGCUACUUCCGCUCGGGCGUGGAGAUGGAGCGCAUGGCGGCGGUUUACCUGGAGGAGGGCAGCCUGGAGAACGCCUACGUCCUCUACACCAAGUUUAUCACUCUAUUUGUAGAGAAGCUGCCCGCUCACAGAGACUACCAGCAGUGCACUGCCAUCCCCGAGAAACACUUCAUCAUGAAGAAACUUCAGGAGGUGGCGUUUCCCCGUAAAGACGAGCUGAAGAAGCGCCUGGAGGAGAAAUACAGCAGGGAACACAGCGAAUACCUCAGAGCCCAGAGCCAGGCGGCGGUCGUGGUGCACGGGUGUGGCCAGCAGCUGCAGCAGCUGUCCCUAUUGGACGAGGACAGGAGAAGGUUCCUGCUGCUGGAGGAGGAGAGGCAGCGCGUCGCCGCUCUGCGACGCAUGCAGAUUGAAUCGGAACAGUUUCGCUACUUCGAGGACCAGCUGAGACGCCAGGAGCUGGCCAAUAAGAGAGGAGUGGAGGCGGAGCAAAAGGUUCAGACCAAAGUGCCUGAGGUGACAGACGGCUCCCGUCUGUCCCAGCAGCCAAUCAAAAACAGCAUACGAUCCCUGGGGGCAGACCCUAACAGAAACAGACUGCCUGCCCCUGUGAGCCAACCUGCCGCCACGCUGGCUGGAGUACAGAGUGAGAGGGUGGAGGGCCUGAGGCGAGUCCUGAUUCCCAAAGGGCUGACUCAGAGUUUCCUCUCGCUGGCCCGGUCAAACACGGCCAGAGGAAUCGAGACCUGCGGCGUCCUCUGCGGACAGCUGACGCACAACGAGUUCACGCUGACUCACGUCGUAGUCCCCAAACAGACCGCCGGCCCGGAUUUCUGCGACAUGGAGAACGUGGAGGAGCUGUUCAGCUUCCAGGAUGAGCAUCACCUGCUGACGCUGGGCUGGAUCCACACUCAUCCCACUCAGACGGCCUUCCUGUCCAGCGUCGACCUCCACACUCACUGCUCAUAUCAACUGAUGCUGCCGGAAGCCGUCGCCAUCGUCUGUGCGCCAAAACACAGCGACACAGGUGUGUUCAGGCUGACCAACCUGGGGAUGUCCGAAGUUUCUGCCUGCAAGCUGAAAGGUUUCCAUCCUCACUCAAAGGAGCCGCCGCUCUUCACGGUGUGCAGACACGUCGUGUUCAGGGACUUGCGGCUUAACCUGCUGGACUUAAGGGUUUAGACAGGAAGCACUGGCAGGCUUUUAUUCUGAAGAGGAAACUGUGAACGCACCGCCGGUGUUUGCUGACACGUUGUGAUGUCAAAUUUACAGGAAAGUUUUAACACUUUUAAUUUUUGUUGUUUUUUUUGUUGUUGUUUGUUUUGUUUUUUUGCUGCUGAGCCACUGCAGAUGGGGGGGUGAUCUCAGGCCAGUGAGCUGCUCUGAUUGGGCAGUUAAUAAAAAGCUUACUGAGACCUAACCUCAGCUGAUGCUGCCGUCACAGCAGCGCUGUGAAAAUGGCGUCUGCAGAGACCCAGAUUGUGCCAAGUUCCAGCGUGGGCCAAGCUCCCGUCGAGGCGACUGCCAGCGAGCCGUUUGAGACGCAGUUUGAUGUUUUUAAAUGAAAGAUGGACUGGGAGCAGACGUGAGUGAGUGCCUCACCUGGAAAACGUGAACGUUGAAGCGUUGGCGCUCUCAAGGAUGAAGUCUCUCCACGCUUCACUCAGACUAAAAAUGACCUUUAACCGCCACAGCUUAGUUUCAGUGCUGAAAUCCUGCUGCCAUCUCUGACCCUGAAUGCCUCGCGCGUCCACCUCUGAGCUUAAAGACAGGAAAUCCUGAUGUGGAUUUCAGAAUAAAACCUGAAGCUGCGCUGUCACCUGUGCAGUGUUUGCCCCGAGUCCUGCCUGUCAGGCCGCACCCGUCCUGCUGGGCCGCUGAUCGCAGCGCUAAGGCGCCCCCGGUAGUCACCUGAUAUCCACCAAGCUUGGCUGUGACCUUACUUCCUGUUAGGCAGCUUCCCUGACACUCUGAUUGGCUGUGGCGGUUCAGUCUUGUGAGGUUUGGUCAGAGGUGAAAGUCAUUCUUUGAGCUCUUCGCUGCUGCAGAUGUGAAACUGUGAGGAGACUCUUAACACUCUGUCAUUUUAGGCGAGACCGUUCACGCCAUAAGCUACUCUGACCUUUGACCUCGAGUGGGGUGCCAUGUAAGGGGUGGCAGACAGCAGGGGGCGCUGCCGGUGUGUGUCGUGUAACGCUGGCUGGCGUGGCGCUCACAGCGGCCCCUUUUAAACUUCUUGCAGAUGAAAUUAUUUUCUGAUGUUUCUCUCGUGGUGCGUUCAAAGCGCCCCGCAGCUGGAGGACUUCUCAGUGUGUGCGCCAGCAGAUGUUUUCUUGUUGAGCUGUUGUGUGACUGUUUUUUUUGCUGAUGACGUUUUGACAAACUGUGACCUGACUGCUGUUUUUAACUUUUUGGUAAUAAAACACUCUGCU